AUGCCUGCCAUGCAGCCACCUAUCGCUGGGGAGAUCGAUUCCGAGAGCAUCAUCGAUUCUAUCACUUCGCCCAUGACCAGUGGCGGCCCGAGUAUUACGCCAGAUACAGAGAUCUCGCCGCCAAAUAGUCCCUUCACGCCCAGCGGGCACCUGAACAAUGCUCGUCAAACAGCCCGGAAGAAGCUGGAAACUCUGACGUUGGACGAGAAGGCAUGCAACCCCCAACAAAAUAUUCUCGUAUCUCUUCUCACUGCUGCUGACUUUUGGCGUACAAAGUCGAUCCCAGCCAAGGGAAUCCCCUCUGCCAAGACCACGGAUGGCCCGAACGGCGCCCGUGGCGGCAUUUUCGUCGGCGGGACCAAGGCUGCUCUGUUCCCAUGCGGCAUUUCACUGGCAGCAACAUGGAACAAGGACAUUUUGUACAGAGUUGGCCAGCACUUGGGUGACGAGACAAAGGCUAGAUCCGCCAACAUCUUGCUGGCGCCGACUGUGUGUCUGCAUCGCCACCCCCUCGGUGGCCGAAAUUUCGAAUCGUUCUCCGAGGAUCCGUUGUUGACGGGAAAGCUGGCUUCCCAGUACAUUCGCGGCCUGCAGCAAAGAGGAGUGGCCGCAGCCAUCAAGCACUUUGUCGCCAAUGAGCAGGAAACGGAGCGCAACAAUCUCAAUUCUGUGGUAUCAGAGCGUGCUCUGCGUGAGCUCUAUCUUCGUCCCUUUGAGAUUGCGGUUCGCGAGGCCUCGCCUUGGGCUGUCAUGUCUUCAUACAACUUAAUUAAUGGUGCUCAUGCUGAUAUGAACCGUCACACUUUGGGUGAUAUUCUUCGCGGCGAAUGGGGAUUUGACGGAACGGUAAUCUCCGAUUGGGAUGGCGUGAACUCCACUGCCGAGUCCAUCAAGGCCGGCUGUGACAUCGAGUUCCCGUUCUCAACCAAGUGGCGUUUUGAAAAGGUGCUUAAGGCGAUUGAGGACGGCAGUCUCACUGUUGCCGACGUAGACCGGGCCGCCGAAAAUGCCCUUACUCUUGUCACCCGCGUCAAGGGCGACGACUUGUCGGAGGAAGCCCCCGAACGGGAAGAUGAUCGCGCAGAGACGCGCGAGCUGAUUCGCGAAGCCGGUGUGCAGGGCCUUACGCUGCUCAAGAACGAGACGUCGAUUUUGCCCAUUGAUCAGCGUACCACCAAGCUGGCCGUCAUCGGGCCCAACGCCAAUCGAGCCAUCGCUGGUGGUGGCGGCAGCGCCAGCCUCAACCCCUACUACACGACCAUCCCGCUCGAAAGCAUCCGCCGUGCCGUGAAGGAGGCUGGGGGCCAAAACGAGGUGGCGUAUGCUGUCGGGUGUCACACGAACAAGUGGCUGCCGGUAGCCUCGCCAUUCUGCAGCAACCGCGAUGGAUCGCAGGGCGUCACCAUCGACUGGUUUAGCGGCGACAAAUUCGAAGGCAGCCCCGUGGUGACUGAAAAGCGCAAAAAUACGGACCUGUUCCUUUGGGAUUCGGCGCCCGUGUCCCGUGUCGGCCCACAUUGGUCGGCCAUUGCGACGACGUAUCUGACGCCGAUAUCGACGGGCAAACACACCAUUAGCUUCAUGAGUGUCGGACCCGGUCGACUCUACGUGGACGGAAAGGAAGUGAUGGACCUGUGGGACUGGACCGAGGAGGGCGAGGCCAUGUUCGACGGUUCGAUCGACUACCUUGUCGACGUGGACAUGCAGGCUGGCCAGGCUGUGGAGCUGAAGGUCCGGAUGACCAACGAGCUGCGGCCGAUCAGCAAGCAGAAGAAAACCGGCGCCACGCACAAAUACGGCGGCUGCCGCAUCGGCUUCAAGGAGCAGGACCAGGUUGACUACGUACAAGAGGCCGUGGACGCGGCCCGUGCCGCCGAUGUUGCUGUCGUCAUUGUUGGUAUCGAUGCCGAGUGGGAAUCGGAAGGUUAUGACCGGCAGACGAUGGACCUCCCCGUCGACGGCAACCAAGACCGGCUCAUUGAGGCUGUGCUCGCCGCCAACCCCAAUACCGUGGUUGUCAAUCAGUCCGGCUCGCCCGUGGCGAUGCCAUGGGCUGACAAGGUCCCGGCAAUCUUGCAGGCCUGGUACCAAGGACAGGAAGCCAGCAAUGCGCUGGCAGAUGUUCUCUUUGGCAAGAAGAAUCCCAGCGGAAAGCUGCCGUGCACAUUCCCGCGGAGGCUGGAAGACGCCCCGGCGUACCACAACUGGCCCGGUGAGAAUCUCGAGGUCAUCUACGGCGAGGGCCUGUACAUUGGCUACCGCCACUACGAGCGUGCCAAGAUCGCACCGCUCUUCCCUUUUGGCCACGGCCUGUCAUAUACCCAGUUUGAGUACGGCCGUCCGUCGAUCAACAAGAAGGUGCUGUCUCCCGAGUCCGGCAGCACGGUCGAGAUCACCCUCGCUAUCAGCAACAUUGGCGACGUCGAGGGUGCUGAGACUGUCCAGGUGUACGUGCACGACGAGAAGUCGCGCCUCGCGCGGCCUGAGAAGGAGCUCGUGGCUUUUGAGAAGGUGUCCCUGGAGCCCAGCGAGACCCAACACAUUACCCUAUCUCUGGACAAGCACGCCGUGGGCUACUACGACACGGCGAUCGGUCAGUGGAUUGCCGAGGAGGGCCGUUUCAACGUGCUCAUCGGCGCGUCGUCGGCGGACAUCCGGCGCAGCAUCUCGUUUUCUGUGGAGGAGUCGUUCACGUGGGUAUUCUAG